UCUCAAAUCCUCCGAGCCCGCCCGGUCAAAAAUGCACAGCAUACUCACCCGCACUCUCUCCUUCCCCCUCCUCCUCCUCCCGGCCACGGUCCUCGCCCAAACCUCAGUUGAAGACCUCAUCAGAGACCUUCUCCCAGGGUGCGUACACUCCUGCGCACUGGACACCAUGGAGUCCCUCUACAGCUGCAGCCUAGACGACGCUGCAUGCUUCUGCGAGGGCGACGUGACCACGCUCACCGUGCUGGAGGAGUGGCUCCAGUGUCCAAACUCGAACUGCGAUGAAGAGGAUAUCCGGGCUAUGAUGCUUGGGCCUGAGGAUAUUAAUAAUCAGUUUCGGGGUGUUUGUGAUCGUGUGGAUACUGGAAGUGGUGGUGGAAGUGACACUGCAAACGAAAGUGAUUCUGGCGAUGAGACGAGCAGCGACAGCGACAGCGGAAGUGGUGACUCUGAAGAGGAGACCAAUGAGGAGGUUUCUGAAGACGGUGCCUCGACCCUCUCGUCUGCGAACAUUCUCCUCGCUGCUGGGGCUAUAAUUCUCGCCGCAUUCUUGUAGAUGAUGGAGUGGACAUGACGGCGGCCUGAGAACCUGUUCUUGAUUGUAGACAUGCUGAAUCCCGAUAUAUAAGUGUGCUUAAAGAUGGACGGUGUAAUGCGGAGUAGGUAGUACAUCCAUCUCACUAGUCUUGCGGAAGUGGAUCCAUCUCUCAAUAAAUAUUUACUCCUUAUACAUGAUUCGUGG